CCCAGACAAAAAAAAAAAAACAAAAAAAAAAAAGAUUGUGUUAAUGUAACAUAAGCCUCCUUUAUAUAAGCUUUACGUGUAGUCUUGUAAAAACCAAAAUCUUAUUGUCUUUCUUUGUGGAAAUCGUAACUCUUGUAUCUGCCUUGUGAGAGCUCUUGCUGAUUUCAAAGCAUGGUUGGAGUGAAGCUAACUACAAGUGAUGCACUUGGUUAUCUCAAGGUUGUGAAGGAGAAAUUUCAAGACAAACCUGAAGUAUAUGAGUCCUUUCUUGAGGUCAUGAAGGACUUCAAAGCUCAAAGAAUUGAUACUAGUGGUGUCAUAUUAAAAGUGAAGGAAAUCUUCAAGGGGCAAGCAGAACUGCUUUUAGGUUUUAAUGCAUUUUUGCCAACGGGUUACGAGAUAACCCUCGAGGAGAGUGACCAAACUCUACCGAAUAAUGUUGACUUUGACGUGGCGAUUAGUUUCAUCAAUAAGGUUAAGACAAAGAUGAUAUUACAGAGAAGGAUGCGUUAUGCAUGCAGUGAAGUCAUGUUG